CUGUACGCAGAAAGAAAAAUACCCUAAAAUCAUCCCCACGACUCACGCACGAGUCACGAUCCUCCAUUUUCCUUUGGGUAUUUUGUUUUCUUUGCAGGAAACAGAAUUCGUAAAUCAGAGAGUUAUUUUCAAUUUCAAUUUCAAUUUGAAUUUCAGUGGAAGAGUAGAUUUUUUUUUUGAAACUUCUGUGAACGAAUAGAUCUGACGGUUAUGAACUCAAGCAAUUCAUAGCAGAAGUGCGGCAAUUAAUUCUAAUACGCAUAGGCACUUCUUGUAAAGAAUGGCAGAAGGAUUAUCGAGCUUUUGGGGUCCUGUAACAACUGCUGAAUGGUGUGAGAAAAAUUAUGUCUACUCUUCUUACAUUGCAGAGUUUUUCAAUACCGUUUCUAAUGUUCCAACCAUUCUAUUGGCACUCAUUGGUCUUAUAAAUGCCCUGAGACAACGGUUUGAGAAGAGGUUUAGUGUACUUCACUUAUCAAAUAUGAUACUCGCCAUUGGGAGUAUGUCAUACCAUGCCACGUUACAGCGCAUGCAACAACAAGGUGAUGAAACUCCAAUGGUGUGGGAAAUGCUUUUGUAUUUUUACAUCUUAUAUUCGCCAGAUUGGCACUAUCGGAGUACUAUGCCCACCUUCUUGUUCUUGUAUGGAGCUGGAUUUGCUGUACUACAUUCGUUGUUCCGUUUCGGGAUUGGAUUUAAGGUGCACUAUACAAUACUCUGUCUUCUCUGCAUACCCAGGAUGUACAAAUAUUACAUUUACACAAAUGAUGUAUCUGCAAAGCGGCUUGCGAAAUUCUACGUGGCUACCUUGAUUUUCGGGAGUAUUUGUUGGCUCUGUGACCGCCUUCUCUGUGGUGAAAUUUCUCUUUGGUUCUUCAACCCCCAAGGGCACGCCUUGUGGCAUGUCCUAAUGGGUUUCAACUCAUAUUUUGCAAACACAUUUCUGAUGUUUUGCCGUGCUCAGCAGCUCGGGUGGAAUCCAAGAGUUGUUAACUUCAUGGGAUUUUUCCCGUAUGUUAUGGUUCAAAAACCGAAGACCCAGUGAUCGAUACUUCAAUAUGGUUUUGUCAGAUGAUCAAAGAAACAAUAGCAGACGAUUUUUUAUUUUUAUUUUUAAAUUUUUUGUCAUCUCAUCUAUUAAGUGGAUGUAAAUGAUAGUUAAAUAUUGAGAUCAUCCAGUGGAUUUUGAUUAACUUGAGCUGUAUUGUUUAGAGGUUUUGCUUAGAAAGGAAAUGUAUGGUCAGUGUACCAUAUUGAAUUAUUGGAUAGGUAUUUGAUUCUACAAAUCUGAACUUGUAAAUUCAUUUAGUUGUUACCACUCAACUUCUUCUAAAGAUUAUUUUAGAAACAUUGUUAAA